AUGGCAGGCUUCACAACUUUCACAUACACAGGGACUGUGAACCUGCCUACGCCCAAAGCUUUCAAUACUGGGGAUUUUGUACCAGGGUCUCUCUCUAUUGAGGGUAUACAGAAUUCUAUUGCUUUUGGAGCAACGACCUCAGUGUCAACUCUGCUCACAACAAAUUUAGCAGUGUUGACAGCGAGUUUUUCCGUAGAGCAGGGCCAACUUCCCACAACUACUCCAAUUAGGAUUGCCACUGCUCUGGGAUCGUUCUGGAUACCACCGUAUGAGGUGUCUGGCACGCAAAUUCCUAUCGUGAAUUUGACAUCGGGUUCAACACAGCCCAGCUCAACACAGCCCAGCUCAGCACAGUCGAGUACCGGAGAAGGGGUGACGUCCACAACAGGACCGCAGAGCCUAACACCAACGAACUCUACGCGCGCAAACCCUUCGAACAGUACGAGGCCAACUUCAACCUCCCGCACAGACACGCCCCAGCCUGAGCAGGAAAGGUAUGGUGUGGGUCACCUUGUGGGUACAGCUGUGGGCUGCCUCAUUGGAGGUGCACUCCUCGCCGCUGCGGCAUUGUUUUUGUUCAUGCGUCGAAGAUGGCGUAAUCGCAAUGACUUAUCGGAACCUGUGAGGGAGAAAUCUGCUCUCAACGGCCAUGGCAGAGCGGUUUAUGUUGCGGGCAGUAAGGCGUGGGAAUGCCACCUGCCGCAGUCCGAGUCUGACGGGACGAUCCGGGCCAUGGCAGAGCGAACUCUGGACCAGAUCGAGAUGCACGUCGAGAAUUUCUACAAAGACACCGCUAAUGUGCAUAUUGGACCUGAGGUGCAGUCAAAAAUCACGGAACUCGAUUCGCGUCAUCUUCCAGGUCCAGUCCUGAGUCUGCUGCCACAGUCAAAUCGGCCGACCGUCUUGAUCAAACAUUGCAUCGGCAAUUUGGUCAUUUCGAGGAUUGCGGCUGCUGAGGCCACCGCUCACUCGUUCCUCCCAAAGGAUUUCCACACUCCUAAGAGUUCAUCCACAGUGCAGAGCAAACCAGCCUUCACCCAAGCUCUGUCUAGCUGGCGGGUUCUCACCGCAUAUCUGAGCGUAGAACCGGAGCAUGACCAGGCAUACCAUGAGGAACGUGAUCAAUCAAUCGCCCAUGCCGCGCAGCAGGUAUAUCAAGCUUUCGGGCCAUGGGCUCGCAACACGGACACGGAGAAAACCCGUUCUCAGAAUUUGGUUGGCAUCAUGAAACGCGCCAGCGAACUUGGGACUACGUUGUUCUCCCAGCCUUCUACUUUCGAAUGGCAAUGGCAACGGCAUGCCCAAGGUAGAGAAGUUCCCGUCAGCCACGAUUCGACCAAGAUUGUCGUGUUGCCAGGGCUGUACAAAACUAGCGACCAGAGUGCACAGGAGAUCGCACCCCCCAUGUGUGUAAUCGAGCCAAGGUUUGGCGCCUUUUAG